AUGGAAGCUCUUGGACUUAUUGCCAACAUUGCGGCUGUUGUUCAAUUAGCUGCCCAAGUCACCCAAUUAAGCUAUAGCUACGUGCAGGAGGUGAAGAAUGCGCCUAAGAUACAGAAGAAAUAUCUCCAGGAGGUAUCGGCCUUGAUGGAUGUCCUUUUUCGCAUUGAACAGACUAUUGUGGACGCCGAACCUACGGGCCUCCUUCCACCGCGUCCGCCUUCGUUGGACGAUGAUGCGUUGAUGGAUUGUUACAAGGAACUAUCGCUUCUCCAUUUUGAGCUUCAGAAGCGAAAAUCUCGGCUCCUGAGACCAUUUCAAGAAAGGGAAUUGAGACCGCACAUUGAGAUGCUUCAUAAGUUCAGAGAAAAUCUUUCCGAGUAUCUUUCCGCUUGUGUCCUAGUUACUACGAAUGCGACAUAUCAGAAAGUUUCGUCUAUCAGCAUAGAACAAGACCGCACGAUGUUGCUCACCUUGCUCCCGCCGGUGGAGAUGCAAUUACGAGAGAAGCUCAUUUCUUGUCCAGGAACAGGUCAAUGGUUUUUGAACCAUCCCAUUGUGAAGUGUUGGAUUGACAGGUCAUCGCGAAUGCUGUGGUGCCAUGGCCCACAGAAUCUUACCAGUUCGAUUGUCGUUGAUCACCUUGCAAAGAAAAGCCUUGGCGACGCUCUCGUGGUAUACUUCUUCUGCGACUUCCCUUCGCAGACUGAACACACAGCUGUGAACAUUCUUCGCUGUAUAAGUCGGCAGCUAAUUCAAAGAGGAAGUGAAGACGUGCUGAGCACUUUGAAGGAGUUCCUGGAUCAAUCCAAUCCCCCGCAGAAUGCAGCCGAUAUCGCCGAAAUUAUUGCAAAGGCUGGCUCAGUCCAGCCAAUAUACUUGGUGAUCGAUGCUGUUGAUGAAAUAAAGCUUCCGGGUGAGAUUUUGGACCACUGCUUAGCUCUUGCUACGUCUGGGAUUUAUGUACUCGUCACAAGUCGAAAGCUUCCGCACAUUCAGAAGAAGAUGAUUACGGCCAGUCAGCUGGAAAUCACAGGAAGCACUCACGACCUGAAAACUUAUAUUGAGAAGAGACUGAAGGAAAGUGAUUUCGAGGAUGAGCUUGCCGAAGACGACACACUGAUCGAUGGUAUUGUAUCCAAGAGCGGGAAUCUAUUUCUUCUUGCUCGGCUUACUCUUGAUGAGCUUCUUAGUCUCACCACGGUUGGCCAGAUAAGAAAGACAUUAAAAAAGCAGGCUCUUGGCCUACAACAAACGUUUGAAUCAACUAUGCAACGCAUCGAUGACCAGUCAAAGGCGAGAAGCUCAAUGGCGCGACGAUUGAUUUCCUGGAUCCUCUACGCCAAAAGAAGAUUCAAAGUCGAAGAGAUCAUGACUGCAUUUGCGAUAGAUGAGGACGGGCUAGACUAUGAGAAUAUGCCUACUCCUGACAUUCUUCUUCGCAUCUGUGUUGGCAUGGUUGUUUUCAAUCAAGCCGAAAAUACUUUUGGUCUGGUCCACACAUCAGCUUACGAGUACCUGUACACCUUCAUUUCACCCGAAACUUCGCAUUUUGACAUUGCACAAACGUCUUUGAGAUACCUGGGGCUAAAGGGCUUGAUAUCAGAGCCGUGUAAUACCUCCAAAGAGCUUGUGGCGCGCUUCGACGAGUUGAAAUUUCUGAGUUAUUCUGCAAAAUACUGGGGCCAUCAUAUCUGUAGUCAGGAUUCCGAAAAAAGGUUGCAAUUGCUGAUCAUGGCGUUACUGAAUGAUGAAAAGCUCCUGAACUCUGUAUUCCAAGCUCUCCAGUUCCGACCGGAAUUUGAAGGUGGCAUUGCGGACGAGAUGUUUGAUUCUGUUCCCAAAGGUCAACAUGCAUUGGAUAUGACAGCGUACUGGAAUCUAAGUGAGACCGCCAAGAUCAUUCUGGAAGCGGAGGCGAAUGCGUCUCCAACCGAUUCUCACAAAUGGACUCCUCUGCAUUGGGCAUGCUCGAAAGGACAUCUUGCCGUUUCCAGUGUGCUUAUUCACAAGGGAGCAGACCCUAAUCUUCCGGAUAUACAGGGGUGGACGCCGCUUUUCUGGGCCGCUUUCAUCGGAAAUAUCGAGCUUGUUCGUCUGCUUCUUUCAAAUGGUGUAGACCAUCAGUUCCGAAGUACCCUGGGAUGGACAGCCCUCCAUUGGGCCAUCUCUGGCGGUCAUUUAUCUGUCGUUCAAGAGCUUCUUGGCCACCAUUCGCGCUCAACGAAGAAAGUUGCUCCACUUUACACGAUGACGAUGGCACAGAUCAAGCCAUAUUCUCAAGGCAAUGUGACCCCUAUAGAGUUUGCAGGAGAUACAAAGGAUGGCGACCUGUUCGGUCUCUUAGUGCGACAUUUGGAAACCCGCAAAGGAAAGCUGGGUGAUGUCAGGUUCAAUUGCAUUUGGGAAACCGCCAGGUUCGACUUUCCAGUUUCUCGAAACCCCUGGAGAACUCUUACCAAGGGCGAACAGGUGAAUGGAAUCGAAUCGAUAAUUCCAGACAUAAGUGAAGAUCGCUAUGGGAGCGCUGAACUCGAGGAACACAUGCGAUCAGACCCCUUGCAUUGGAAGUCGGUUCUACUGGUGUCUGCAAUUCGUGAUGCUCAACUUUCAUCUGCUCAAAUGCUCGCUCAGUCUGGUGCCAGUUCCGAAUACUAUUUCGCGCUACAUAUGGCAGCACGUCGCAAGGAUCCGCGUUAUGUGCAAUGCUUACUCCAAACCGGUGCGGACACAGCUCUUACGGACGACCAAGGGAGAACAGCAUUACACAUCGCGAUUCUCAAUGGGUUUGUGGAAACGAUGACAUCUUUGAUUGAUGGUGGAUCCAAUGUGAAUCAACAUAUGCCCACCAAGGCUAGCUUGAGAUUGAACAGAAAAGGACACAAUUCGGCGGGUGUUCCACCUCUCAUUCUUGCUGGCGGCAGCGUGCGAAUGGUACGGAUAUUACUCUCGAAUGGAGCAGACCUAAUGCUGCGCGACGAUUCUGAGAGGACAGCCUUAAAUAGGGCUUUUUUCCGUCGUGAUAUUCGGCUCAUCAAACUAUUGCUUGAGUUUGGCGCCCCCAUUGAUACUGCUGGUCCUUAUGGACAAGCACCUUUACAUUCCUUGACGAGAUGCGACGACACCCAGUGUGAGAUGGAAGACUUGAAAGCAGUGGUUCUUCUAUUUAUUGCGGCUGGGAGGAAACUCUCUCCUCCAAGAGAGUUCUUGAAUGAGAAAGUGCAUGCCUCAUCUCUGGCAGACAGCCCAGAGGGAAUGAGCAAUAAUCUUACGCCGUUAACAAUGGCACUGCUCGAGGGGCGAUGGAAGUUUCUCCAUAUAUUUUCAGAGCUUGGGGCCACUUUCCAUUCCCACCUUGAUCUGAUACCUGGCAAAGGGUGUCAUUCGCCUCCAAACUCGGUGAUUUUACUCGUUGAAUCAUUUAUCCGCCAGCGAGAAUCUUCCAAAGAGGAUUCAUCUAUUCUGUGUGAUAGAUUCAACAGAACCCUUGAGGCUCUAUGCUCUACUGGAGCCGAUAUCAACUUCUAUGGUACAAUCGAAAAAAGAGACAAAAUUAGGGACACGCGCGAGAUGACGGCUUUGACACUUGCAGCGACCAUCUGCGGAUCGCGUGAUAUAUCUCCAAAUCUUCUCAGUCGCGGUGCCAACCUGUAUUGCAGAUCACUGCAGACAUUUGAUCCAAUUCUGACUGCGGCACUAUUUGGAGAACAGGAAGAUUUAUCAAGCCUGUUGAAUCGGUCCAUAUUUCAUCCCAAUCCAUCUCACUGGACAAGGUUUCUGAAAGAAGCACCAGAAGAAAGCGAUUCCACCAAGCUUGUAUGUUUCUGCUUGAGAAGGGCAAAACGCCUGAAUAAGACCAACCAUGAGGGCCAAACGCUGUUAGACCUUGCUGUUCAGGAGGGCAAUGUUAGGCUUAUGACAGCUCUUAUGGCUGAAGGAGCAGAAGGGCAUACUCCUGACAAUGAUUGCCAUUCUGCGACUGACACAUCACAGACCGAUGCAAUGCUCGGCCAUAUCUCAUCUCCAGUUCCCUUAGAGGACGCAACUUCAUUAGAACUUGCUGUGAAAAAUCACAAUGUCGCGACUGUUGCAAAGCUACUUGAAGCAGGGACCAAUCCCAAUCAAACCAUCGCAGAAUGGAAGAAUAACAUCCCACUGCUAUAUCAUGCGGCAAGAGACGAUCAACUUGAGAUUCUAUCUCUUCUGCUAAGUCAUGGUGCUGACACGGAAGCAGCGGAUGACUAUGGCUGGCGCCCGCUGCAUGUGGCAUGCUUUAGAGGACACAAGCACAUCGUGGAAGCCUUGAUCUCCGAGGGAGCAGAUGCUCAUGCGUCUGCAACGAGAUGGAACAACGAUCAGGAAAAGCCGUCUGGGCUUUACCAGGGCGAGGCUUGGACUGGGACUUCCCUCCAUACAGCCACAAUACGCGGCAAUUUAGACAUUGUCAAGCUCCUGUUUGAGCAGAAUGUUGACAUUCAUGCCGUUACAGGUGUAACGGACCGUCAUAGUGCCUACCCUGCUAGUGGACCGACCGCAUUACAUAUCGCAUUAAGUGUCAAUCAGGUGCCUCUUUUGGAGGAGGGUGGUCGAAUCCUCCGUGCGCGCAGAUUGCCAACCAUAGAAAGACUCCAGAUCGCGCAGUGGCUCGUCGAUGCGGGCGCUAUGGUACAUGGAGUGAUUCAGCAGUAUUCCUUGGAAGAGAUUCUCUGCUUCGCAAAGUUCCCCAAUCUCUGGGAUGCUUUAGUGGCUGGCGAGAAAGGAGAAGCUGUCUAG